GGUAGGCCCGGCCGGCGGCGGCAAGGGACGGGCCGGACUUCCAGGGCAGGUGGUCGGUCGGCCCGCGGCGGCAGCGGCGGCGGAGCGGGCGACUGUCGCAGCGGCCUGGAAGAUGGAAGAGCUGAGCAAAGCCCUGGCUGGGAGCUUUUCUGUGUCUCAAGAUCUGAACAGCACAGCUGCCCCACACCCUCGCCUGGCGCAGUACAAGUCCAAGUACAGCUCUCUGGAGCAGAGUGAGCGGAGGCGCCAGUUGCUGGAGCUACAGAAAUCCAAGCGGCUAGAUUAUGUGAACCAUGCCAGGAGACUGGCUGAGGAUGACUGGACAGGGAUGGAGAGUGAAGAAGAAGAGAAGAAAGAUGAUGAAGAAAUGGACAUUGACAUUGGCAAGAAGCUACCAAAACGCUAUGCUAAUCAACUGAUGCUCUCUGAGUGGUUGAUUGACGUCCCUUCGGAUCUGGGGCAGGAGUGGAUUGUGGUUGUGUGCCCUGUCGGAAAAAGAGCCCUCAUCGUGGCCUCCAGGGGCUUGACCAGUGCCUACACCAAGAGCGGCUACUGUGUCAACACUUUUCCUUCCCUCCUGCCAGGAGGCAACAAGAGACACUCCACCGCGGCGAAAGACUACACCAUUCUCGACUGCAUUUACAGCGAGGUGAAUCAGACCUACUACGUCCUGGACGUUCUGUGCUGGCGGGGCCACCCUUUCUACGACUGCCAGACAGACUUCCGAUUCUACUGGAUGCAUUCAAAGUUACCAGAAGAAGAAGGGCUGGCAGAGAAGACCAAGCUCAACCCUUUUAAAUUUGUGGGACUACAGAAUUUCCCGUGUACCCCCGAGAGCCUGUGUAAGGUGCUGUCUAUGGACUUCCCUUUUGAGGUGGAUGGACUGCUCUUCUACCACAAGCAGACACACUACAGCCCCGGAAGCACACCCUUGGUGGGCUGGCUGCGCCCCUACAUGGUGUCCGAUGUCCUUGGGGUGGCCGUGCCGGCUGGCCCACUGACCACCAAGCCAGAGUAUGCCGGGCAGCAGCUCCAGCAGAUUAUUGAGCACAAGAGGAGCCAGAAGGAGGGCAUGCAGAAGAGACACUCACUCGGGGCCUCUGAGAAUGGGCGCUACGAGCUGGAGCACCUGUCCACGCCCACGCCAAAGAGCCCCUUCCUGUAGCACUGACCACCCUGGGAGUCCCCUGGAGAACUGAAAGGACAGCUUCCUAGGAGGGAGUCACAGGAUGGUGCCUGGCCCAGAAGUAAGGCUGGGGAGGUCAGUGACCGCAGGUGACUUCACUUUAGAGUACACUUUCCAAAGCCACUCCAACUGGAAGCAACUUCUCUCUCAUUGGGAAUGCUGGCUCACACCGCUGGGGAGGGUUCCUGGGUGGGUGAUGUUCAGAUGGAUCUGAGCAGAACCGUGGUGUAAAUAUAUGUGAUUCUUAAGAAA